AUGUCCGAUUUGUCCCAAAAUCCCAACUGGUUUCAUAGUGACUUGCUUAAAAUUUUUGUAUUAAACAUACUAAAAAAUUCCAAAGAUGUUAAAAUCCGCGGCAUAAAUAUAGAACAGUAUCCAUGUCAAGGCUGUAACAGAGAAAUUUUUUCUUUUCAUCCAAUUAUUCUACUGUCCUGUGGACAUGCAUUUCACCUAACAUGCGUUAAUUUUAAUUUGGACCCACCAAUUUGUCCUAAAUGUCCAGUUCAAAGUGAAGUGCAUGUUGAAGAAAUUGAAAUAACACCUAAACGUAAGAAAAAAACAACGCAAUUUAAAGAUUCUCUAAAAUUUAAAACACUUGUUAAUGAAUUAUUGAAUGAGGUGGCCGUACAAAACACUGCACAAUCUCUUACUGAGUCUAACACUAUAUCAUCUAUUGAAGCUCUUUAUAAAAAAAUUUCCAUUGCCGAAGAAAAUCAUAAUAGAUCAAUUCAUGAGGUACUUAGGCGUUACUAUAAUCUUGGAGAGGCUUUAUCACACUUAUAUGAUAACUUCUAUAAUGCAUCACACGAUCGUUUUUCUUCAAAACAACAAGUGAUUCAGGAAUUUAAGCGACAGCUAAAUAUUAAUACUUUAGAUAUGGCACUUAAUCUUUUUCUUUGUCAACAAUUUCAAGUUUGA